AAGAUGGCGGAUUGUGGUUGAUUUCUGCAUUAUUCCGAUAAUUCUGUCUAAAUUCGUUCUUUAUUAGUGCUAAAAUACAUGAAUCUAUGCUUGCUGGUCAAGGCUAUUUAGUCUCCCAUCGCUAACUGUUUUUUUUAUUAUGAAUACUCGAGCAAGACAAGCUGUGCUAAGACUGGCAAGGUGCCUCACAACCUCAAGCAAGCUAUCACUGCAGACAAUCUUUUCUAGAGAAUCGAUACUACCUCGAUCGUGUAACAGAUUAGCUACUUUAGGCUACACUACUAGAAAAUAUUCUGAAUCUUCGGAGGAUUCAAAGAACUUUAUUGAAACAACAGCAUUUUCAGAGAGUGUAUCAAACCUUGCAAAGUCACUUGGACUAUCAAAAACUGACCCAGAAAGUUUGAAGCCAGCAUUGGUGCAUAGAUCUUACUUGGUAACACAUGCAACUAUAUUGAAGGACUCACAUGAACAUAAUGAUCAACUUGCUUUCUUAGGUUUACAAACAGCAAAGAGACAUCUAACUGAACUUCUUUUGCAACAUUUUCCACAUUUGUCAUCUCAAGAACUAUGGGAUGUACAAAAUGGUAUUCUAGAAAAUCAAGUUCUAUCUUGCAUAGAAGAUCUUGAAAUACCUAAACAUAUGGUAUAUGAUAGUACUCUCAAUGCAAGUGAACCAGCUAUGCAAUCAUUUAUGGCAUUAGUUGCCAUUAUUUAUAUACAAGAGGGYACAGAAAAAUCAAAGCAGUUUAUAUAUGACUACUUGGUAUCCAAUCUUAAUGAAAGUCAGCUUCAAGAUAUCAAAAAGCUGCAGCAUCCAAAGUACAUGUUAAGGUGUUUGUYACAGAAAGAUGGCAAUGCGAAUUUCAUGCUAAAGUUUCUUAGAAAGAAUAGUAAGAAAGGCUUAUCUACUGCUUAUAAAGUUGGUGUAUUCAAAGAAGGACAGUGUCUUGCUAUAGGAGCGGGCUCAACUAUUGAACUUGCUGAGAAGAAAGCUUGUCAAAAAGUUCUGAACAAAGUUUAUUCAGAGGAGGUAAAACAGUUCAACUUUUCUUAUGAGUCAGAAGAUUUUGUACCUGAGGACAAAGUUGACUUGGGACUGCUAACUUCACGUCAACGUUUCAUUAGUAUAGACAAGCAAGAUGAACCAUUUGGCUUUAACAUCAAAGGUGGAGAAAAAAAGAAAUUAAAGAACAAGGAUUGGUUGGAGUAUAACUACUUUUCCCCAGUUUUCAUUUCAAGUAUUCAMCCSGAUAGUYUAGCUGAUAGACUGGGCUUGUUUCGUAUUGGAGACAUAAUACUUGCAGUUAAUGACAAGAGUCUUAUUGGAGUUGACCAUGCAACUGCUGUCAAAGUUUUGAAGGCAACCUCAGGAACAGUCACAUUAACAGUUCAGCAUUCCAAAGAAG